AUGGCCUUAUACAUCGGAGAACGUCUCGAUGAGAUCAUCCAAUUCGAUUUCUCGAAGCCGCACACUUCCAAAGUGCGCGCCGAACUCUCCGUUAAACUGUGCGACCAGUACUUGGCGCCGUUGACGGAAAUAAUCGAAAAGAGCAAAGUUGAGGAGAACACGGAGGUACGUAGGAUUCUGGAGACUUUGAAUUGAAAGUUUAUACGUUUCAGGAAGAGGAAGAUGAUGUUGAGGACAAGUUGGGACUCAUGGAUACCCUGGAGAACUACCUGAAAGGCGAUGCGAUGAACAAGAUGGUAACUAAAUACAAAAUCACCAAAACUAUCAAAUGACUCCAUUUCAGUUCCACCUACGCAACUUGAAAUGCAAUGCGGUGCUCCCGUUCAUCAGCGCCCUCCCAGUUCCCGAUUGGGAGAAGAGGGAUCUGGCCGUCGUCGUGUCGUUCGGAUUCCCGAAGACUGUUCCGGGGAGACUCAGGGCUCGUCAGCGGAGCAACGCGAUCCUGACGGUCAUCGAGAGCCACAUCGAUCGGAUCUUCUCGGACCGAAAGGUGACUGACGUGGAACACAAUAAGGACGCCAAAGUGCCCCACGUUCUGUGCGACGUCAAUGACGUCAGCGUCAUUAUCAAGAUAUCGAUCAAACCGUUCUGUAGUCCACAAUUUAUGGCCAAGGACGUCGUCGACAAUUACAAAAAGUUAGUCUGACUUGAAUAACAGUACAGUUUUGAGCGAACAAAUUCCAGGUUCGACGACCGAUUCAUCACCAUUGCCAACUAUUUCCACAGCUAUUUGAAAGCUAAAGUGGUUAACAAGAAGGAUGAGAGGAAGGCAAAGUCGGUCAUUCCGAGACUUCGGUCCCUUAAAAUGAUGGUCAUCCACUUCUUCAAGCAUUACAAACUUCUUCCGGCCGAUUUGGAGACCCUUGAAGGUACGAUCUCAUCACAACUCGACGUUUAUCAAAUGUUUCCUUUCAGGUAUGAUCUGCUCGUUGAGCCUUGAUUCGGAGAAGAAGCCAAUCAGUCUCGGAACCCUCUAUUUCCUGUUCCUUGACUACUACCUCGAUGUGGUUUCUCUGGAGGAUGAUUACCUCGAGGUCACAACCGGAGAAGUGUUCGAGAAGAAGAGCAUCGGACUGACGAACCUCAACAUUCUGUCGAUCAGCGACAUCUUCGACGAUCACAUACCCGGAGAACGUGUCAACGACACACUGAUCUUCAAAAGAAUCCUCAAGUAAGGAUCAGAUUGAUUUCAAUGAUUUCAAAUGCUUUUCCAGAGCGUCGUUCGUGAUCAUCCAGAGAUUCCUGAACAACCGUACCGGAGACGUCCUCAACAAUCUGCGCGUCAUUCCGCUCCGUCCGAGAGUCGAACUCUAA